AUUUUAAACGCAAGAGGAAAUACGAGAUUAGGUCAGUGAGGUGAGCAAGAUGGCCAAAAGUUUUCUAUCUCUCCUUCCUUUGCUGCUUCUCAUCCAAAUUUGCUCCUUCAAAUCUGAUGACAUCGCUAUUUACUGGGGUGAGAACGUCGAUGAAGGCAAUCUUCGAGAAACAUGUGCAGUAGGAAUAUACUCUUUUGUAUUGAUUGGCUUCCUUACGGUGUUUGGGAAUGGCAAAACCCCUCAACUCAAUGUUGCAGGUCACUGUGACCCUUCUUCAUCAUCUGGGUGCACCAGCAUUGGCACGGAGAUCAAAUAUUGUCAACGACAAGGGGUCAAGGUAAUGCUCUCUCUUGGAGGAAGAUCUAUGGGUUAUUCUUUAUCUUCCUCAAAGGAUGCUCAAAAUGUUUCUGAUUACUUAUGGAACAAUUUCUUCGGCGGAAGCUCAUCUUCACGCCCACUUGGAGAUGCCAAAUUGGAUGGCAUUGAUUUUGACAUAGAGAAUUCUGGGGAAUACUGGGAGGACCUUGCAAUUUACCUCAACUCACAUGGCACGGAUAGCCAGAAAGUGUACUUAUCAGCAGCACCUCAAUGCCCAUUUCCUGAUGCUCAUCUUGGCACUUCGAUUGAUAAAGGUGUUUUUGACUUUGUUUGGGUAAAAUUCUACAGCAAUCCUCGCUGCCACUAUUCAGAGGCUAAUACUAAUGCAUUUUUCAAUGCAUGGAACCAGUGGGCGACAUCAUUAAAUGGGUCAAAAAUAUUCCUGGGUUUGCCAGCAUCUCCCGAAGCAGAGGCAGGUGGCUAUGUUCCUGCUGAUUUGUUAAACUCUAAGGUACUUCCCACUGUAAAGAAGUCACCUAACUAUGGAGGUGUGAUGUUAUGGUCAAGGUACACAGAUAGAUUGAGCGGAUAUAGUAAGCGCCUUCACCUUGGUCCUCUUUGCACACCUCAAAGUGCUCCCAAAUGCAGGAGCCAUGACAAUGGUUUUGAAGAAAGUUUUGGUUACAUGUCCACUGAUAGUAUUAAGGUUCACGAAAGAGAGAAUAUUAGUGGACAGUGUUGUGAGAUCAUAUGCCGGAACAAUUGUUCUUGUGAGGCUUAUGCACCGGUUAAUAGAAUUAACAAAACUGGAUGCCAGAUGUGGCUUAAAGGAACUAGGUUCAUUGAAGAUGCAGAGUCAAAAGGACAGUCCAUUUAUAUUGUUAGACUUAGGCAAGAAGUAAGCAAGUGGUGGAUAUGGCUUAUCAUUGCAGUGGGAGGAAGCCUAGUAUUACCUCUGAUAUGCUACUUAUGCUAUGCCUCAUUGAGAAAAUACAAAGCAGAAGUGGAUAGGAAAACCAAGCAAAAGAAGAUAUUACAUGAAAUUGGAGGCAAUGCGAUGAUUUCCAUGGUGUAUGGCAAAGCCAAAAGAAACAAGAAAAAUGGGAAGGAAAGGAAUGAGGUUGAAAUUUUCAGCUCUGAGUGCAUUGUGGUUGCCACAAACAAUUUCUCAGAUUCUAACAAGCUAGGAGAGGGCGGUUUUGGUCCUGUAUAUAAGGGGACACUACCCGAUGGGCUGGAAGUUGCAAUAAAACGACUGUCUAAAAGUUCUGGACAAGGGCUUACAGAAUUCAAAAAUGAGGCUAAACUUAUGGCUAAACUACAGCACACUAAUCUUGUGAGGCUUUUGGGGCUCUGCAUCGAAAGAGAUGAAAGAAUUAUAGUUUAUGAGUACAUGCCUAACAAAAGCUUGGAUUUCUACAUAUUUGAUGCAAGCAGAAGAAAUGUACUAGAUUGGGAAAAACGGUUUAGCAUCAUUGAAGGAAUUGCCCAAGGACUUCUUUAUCUACACAAAUAUUCAAGACUAAAGGUCAUACAUCGUGACUUGAAGGCAAGCAAUAUAUUACUUGAUGAAGAAAUGAAUCCUAAAAUAUCUGAUUUUGGCACGGCUCGAAUAUUUGAAUUAAGAGAAUCUGAAGAAAACACAAAUAGAGUAGUCGGUACACGUGGCUACAUGGCUCCAGAGUAUGCAAUUAAUGGCAUUGUUUCAAUCAAAACAGACAUAUUCAGCUUUGGUGUGUUGCUAAUAGAGAUUCUUAGUGGCAAAAAGAAUAACAGUGGAUUUGAUUUAGAUCGUCCUUAUAAUCUAAUAGGAUAUGCAUGGAAGCUCUGGAAUGAAGGUAGAGUUUUAGAGCUAAUGGACUCAGGAUUAGAUGAACCGAGCGUGCAAAACAAAGUGCAGAGAGGAAUUCAUAUUGGCCUCUUGUGCGUUCAAGAUCAAGCAAAAGACAGGCCUUCCAUGUUAGAUGUAAUUUCUUUUCUGUCAAAUGAUUCUAUUCAACUUGCCAAACCAAAGCAGCCAGCAUACUUUAUCGGUGACGUUGAGGAAGAGUCUGAGCUACAUGACAUCAGGCAUGAACAUUAUUCCACAAAUUAUGUCACAAUCUCUAAUCUAGAUGGUAGGUAACUGGUCCCUUGUGUAUACACUACGAUUAAUGAUUUUAUUUUCUUUAUGUAGAGAUCUACGAGUAAAACUAUAUGCUUUCUGAUUACUUGCUGAAAAUGCGUUGUUUUGGGGUUGUAACAUCACUUUAGUUGUUAGAAUUUUCUGUGUUUCUUUGACUUUG